AUGGGGGAAUUGCAGACAGCAAAAGCCCCUACCAGCAGUCACGCAUGCCAAGGUCGUACCACCAGCUGCGAUCGUGCCAAGGAGCGGAAAGCCUGCACGAACUGCUCUCGAUCCAGACGGAAAUGCCCAGGGUGCGGCCUUAGGCUGUCCUGGCCGCGCCCCAACGAUCUACGGCGUGCCGUCGUCUCCCAGUCGUCUCUGCCAUCCAGGUCGCGCGUCGCCCCGGGCCUGAUCUCCGACGCGCGGUUUGUCCACACGUCGAAUUGGGACAUUGAGUUGCAUCAAAGCCUGACGAGCUCUGUCCCGGCACGCAACAACCUGCCCUCGCUCAGCGUCCCGCUGUUCUGGAACCCAUCUAAACUGGAAGCCCUUGACCAAGACCUGGUGGAAUACUCUUCCAUGUCCCUUGCUACCUUUGGCUGCAACAACACCGCUCUUGGGUGUGCUCUGGUCCGGGUUGCGCUGCAAGGGCAGACGAUCACGGCUGCGCCGGUGCUCCAAGCGCUGAUGGCCUUUUCUUCGCUUCACCGCUACGGCCUGCAGUCCCAAGCUUUGGAGCUGAAAGUCGCUGCGCUGGGAAGUCUGGCAAAAGAACCAGGAGCGCCGAGUUUGGGGGUGGAGGCGACCCUGCAGCAUGCCGCCACGGGCAUGCUGCUUUGUUCGUUCGAGAUCCACCAGUCGUCUUCCACUUCGGGCCACUGGCCCUUCUACCUCCAUGGCGUCAAGGCGGUCUUUGGCGCGUGCUCUGUCAAGACGCUGCAUCAGCUUGGCCCCGAUGUGGCCGUCCUGCUGGACUGGGUACACUACCACGACGUUCUCGCUCGUUUUUCCCUACUGCACUGGAGGAAAGGUGGUUCCCCGGACCUACCGCCGACCCCAACAGACCUCUUCUGUUCACAGGUAUCUAAUCUGCCGCCGCCCAUAUUUUGUAUGCUGGAUCUGCUGUCCCAAGUAUGCGAUGCGGUAUCUGGCAGCGCAUUCCUACUUGAAACAAGCGGCGGCGUGGGUGAUUACAAGAGCUUCCUAGAAGUCCUAGACUGGAGGAUUAGGAGCCUGUCGAUACCGAAAAUCCCGGAUGAUGAAAAUGAUGCCUCAGAUGACACUACGUUGGUUAUGCAACUAUACCAACUCGCGAUACUAUUGUUUCUUGACCGAUGUUUUGAGGACCUGAUCGACCAACCAGUCAGGACGCAACAGUAUAUCGACAAAGCAUUCGCUAUCCUCCCCCGGUUGAGCUUCUGCAAGCAGCAAUUCCCGAUUCACGUCAUUGGCUGCGAAGCGCGAACAGAUGAGCAACGGGCUGCCGUCCUCGACGUCAUUUCCAGGACAGAGAGGAUGAGCUUGUCACGGUCUUUGAACUAUUGCAAGAGAAUAUUGCAGGCUGUCUGGGCCCAAGACGACCUUGUCAAUGGAUGCAACAUUGGCUAUCGCGAAAAGUUGUCUUCGGUAAUCAGUCAUUGUUCGAUGAUUCCUAGUUUUGUAUAA